CUCUCUCUCUCUCUCUUUAAAAGCAUAAUACACUUUAUUGUGAGUGUAUUUUAAUCUUCUUUGUCAUUCUUUGUGUUCAUUCAUUGAUUCUUCAUAAUCAUUCCUCUCCCUAAAAGAAGUCAUGAAGAAGCUCAAUCUAUUACUCAACAAGUGCAAGAGCUUGUCAAAGCAACUAGGAAGAUCUUCAUCACAUAGUAGCCUAAGGUCCAAAUUUGCUAAGGAAGACUUAUCAUGGGAAGGACAUGGCAUGCAAGAAGAUGAACAGUGUGAAACUAUAUUUGUUGGCAGCACAAGGAAACGGUAUAUGAUAAGCUCCAAGUAUCUGAAACAUCCUCUUCUGGAAGCUCUGAUCAACAAGUCAAAGCAAAAGGGAAGUGAUGAAAGUGUUUUGGUGGUCAACUGUGAAGUGGUUCUGUUUGAUCAUCUAUUGUGGAUGCUAGAAAAUGCAGAUCCUAAGUUUGGUUCUGACUCUUUGGAGGAAUUGGCUGAACUCUAUGUGUUUUAAGAGUUUUCAAAGUGCUAAUUGCAUGCAGAAGCCUGAUGUAUGUAAAUAUAUAUAUAUAUAUGUUGGGUUGUGCUUGCAUUUUGCAGAUGUUAUUGUUGAGAGUCAUUUUUGUGUCCUUUUUAUACCUUCAUCUAUGUGGUGCAUUAAAUGGUUCUGCAGUCAUAGCAUUUUUUGCUCCAAAUAAUUGGGUUUUCAAGAGCCAUAUGCUUGAUUAAUGCCAUAAAUUGUUGGUUUGGCCAAUUGUCAUGGGUGCAUGGCUUUUACG